AUGACAAUGCUUUUGAACCACGCCUCCCAUGGCGACGGCAUUGGCUACUCCUUUGCCCAGCCAACAGCUGCUCCAGUCCAGCAGCAUUCAUUCUACCCAUAUACGGACAACGGCGGUUCGACUUUGGGUAUCACUGGUUCCGACUUUGCAAUUCUCGCAGGAGACACUCGCUCCACAUCCGGUUACAACAUCAACUCACGAAUGGCUCCGAAGGUUUUCAAGAUCGGUGGAGAUGAUGAGACUGGUGAAGGGGCUCAAAUUGUCUUAUCUGUGGUGGGCUUUGCUGCAGAUGGUAAUGCCCUCAAGGAACGACUGGACAAUAUCGUGAAGAUGUACAAAUACAAACAUGGAAAGCCGAUGUCCGUGUCUGCAUGUGCGCAACGCCUAUCAACGAUUCUCUAUGAGAAGCGCUUCUUCCCUAUUACGUACACGCGAUUUUGGGAAGGCAAGGGAGCUCUGUACAGCUACGACCCUGUCGGCUCAUACGAAAGGGAGCAGUGCCGUGCGGCUGGUGCUGCAUCCAGCUUGAUCACCCCAUUCUUGGACAACCAGGUGAAUUUCAAGAAUCAAUACGUUCCAGGCAGUGGAGAAGGACAUGCGCUUGAACCAAAGAAGGCGGAGCCCCUCUCCCGCAGCACGGCCGAGGGACUGGUGCGAGAUGCUUUUACCAGCGCAGUGGAGCGACACAUUGAGGUCGGCGAUUACUUGCAGCUGGUCACAAUCACCAAGGAUGGGAUCGAGGAAGCUUUCCAACCCUUGAAGAAAGAUUAG